UUGCGAGGUACAAAGCUAGCAAGUAUUAGUGCGCUGUUAUGUGGCUAACUGCUAGCAAAUCGUUAACAUAAACAGACUUGAGUGCUAACGAUAGCUAUUUGCGGCUAAGCUCUUAGUCACAACUAGAGGCAUUAGCCUAUUAGCCGUAGGGCUUAUUGCUGGGGAUAAGGGUGAAGUUAACGUUUGAAAAAGAUAUUCGAGCAAAAUGUCAGUGGUGCACAGUUGUGUUAGCACUAACGGAACUGCCUAGGGGCUGAUUUAGCUAGACAGUCGGCAGCUAAUCGCAUCACAGCCAAUUAGCGCCAACGUUAGCCACACAUCAACAUCAGUCUGAUCGGCAAACAGGUGUACCAGGUUAUCUAAGGAGAGCAGGUUGGCACCAAUGAUCUUUUCUGCAGUCCUAACUGUCCACUGGAGCCUGUUCCUGUCCAGUUUGUUUGCUGAACCCACAGUGGGCCUGUGAUGUCCAUCAGAUGGACCAACACCAGAGCAACAGCCACAUCCACACAAUAUGAGCAACACACCUGUCCAGGUGCCACCUGCUCAGGGACUUUUAUCUGACAGUGGGCAGAUGUUACCCUCCCGAUCAUUACAGUCCAUCUCUGGUCCCUCAGCUUCUAAAAGAAUAUGUUUCUACAAAAGCGGUGACUAUAAAUUCAGUGGGCAUCGCAUGGUCAUCAAUGCUCGCACCUUCAAAACAUUUGAUGCUCUAUUGGAUGCUCUGUCCAAGAAAGUGCCUCUGCCAUUUGGAGUGAGAACCAUCACCACACCUCAUGGGAUCCACCUUGUUAAGGGUUUAGAUGACUUACAUGAUGGUGGAUCUUAUGUGUGUUCUGAUCAAAAACGAGUAAAGCCCUUAAACCUGGAUGAAGUGAACCGGCGAAAGGUACCAUGGAAUAUUACCAAACCCCUCAGCGCAGGAGGGCGACGUAGGCGUCAAGGACUCCAGUUUGGCAGAAGGAACAAUAUUACCAGUAGGCCAGCAAAGGUCACUGAGAGGGUGGCAGUGAGGACACCAAAGAGGCUUGUGGUUAUCAAAAAUAGAGAUCCAGCUGUUAAACGCACAAUUGUUUUGCAAAGAAGAACAGCACCAACAUUUGAUGCUUUGCUGGAUUACCUUUCUCAAAUCCUUCAGUUCCCAGUGCUGAAACUUUACUCUCCAGAUGGCAGAAGAGUUGACAGUCUUGCUGCACUUAUCUUAUGCUCUGGAGUCAUUGUGGCAGCAGGCAAUGAGCCAUUCAGAUUAGACAACUACAGUUUUCACAAAACGGGUCCAGUGGCACAGGUCAUGUACACUGUGGAGCCAUCUAUGCUGCAGCCCAGAGCUCAGAACAACAAAUCUUCCUCAAGUGUGAGAGACUCAAGGAACUUGUCCCUAUCAUCAGAGCGCUAUAUUGCUAACCAGAUAAACAAGUCUCAAAAUGGAAGCAUGAAGGCUCAACUUCAUCAGCUCAAUGGAACAAAAGUCAAUCAUCAUCACAUGUCAACAAACACUUGUGGGGGGCCAGAUAAUGAGCGUCAUACUUGCAUUGUACCUCAGGAUGAUGAUAUUGAAAAGUCUUUCCGUGUGAAUCAAGAUGGCAGCAUGACUGUAGAAAUGAAAGUGCACCUGACCGUUAAAGAGGAGGAGAUGCUCCAUUGGACUACCACACUCAUCCGCUCCAGCCUUAGCAAGAGAACUGUCUGUGCUUCAGUUUCUGAGCUGGGCAAAAGCUCACCGAACUCAAACAAUGCCAUUGCCAAAGACUCCUCUAGUAUCAAUGAGGAUGAAAUUAAGGAGAAGAACUAUCCUGCUGGAGUUGGAAAGGGCGUCACUUUUAACAGUGAGCUAGUACAUGAUGGCUACACUUCCACAGCUUUGGGAAAAGAAAAAACAAGUGUAAAACGUGCUCCUACACCGGCUCCGCAAUAUGUCAGGAAGACAGCAUCUGUUGAAAGCAUGAAGAUGGUGACAGAGUCAAGGGUUCAAGAGAACACCAUGGGCCAUUAUUCCUAUAUGAAGAGAAUGGCUGAUGGUGAGUCGUCUGAGGGAUCCUGCAUUCUCAGACAUAACAGUAGCAACAACCAGUCAAUCACAGCGCCUCAACAAACAGUGUCUACAGGAGCCAGCAGCAAAGGUUUCCACUGUCCCAUCAGGUCGUCAGGAGUAGCAGAAGUCCUUCAGAUACAGAGUAAUGGGGUGGAGGUUACAGAAACUGUGAUGCAUAUUUAUGCGAAUCAAGGCUGCUACAACAACAAUUCUGCAAAUGAGGAAUAUAGCACAGAUGGUGUACCUUUGCAUGGUUCCACUCCGGUGCCAGAUAGCAAACCAUCCACGGAGUCAGGACAGUGUUCAUCCAGCAGUAACUGUGAUAUAGAUUUUAGCUGCUGGUCAACCAUUGCUAACUCACAGCAAAGGCAGAAAGAGGACAUGUUAUCAUUAUCAUUGGAGCCAAAAACGGCAACACUUACUUUUACAAACAAUCUGUCAUUAGUGACUGAGAAUGAAGCUCAAACAGCAACAAACCCCCAAAGUGAGGAGACAGUAAAAAAGAUAAAAACUCCUAAAUGUAGGAAAAGUAAAAAGAUGAUUAAACCUUCUAAGAAUCACAGGAGUUCAACUUCAACAAACAGUUCAGAUAAAAAACAAAAGGAAAGCAUAAUAAGCCUCUCAAAAAAUAACAAACAUUCAUCUACUCACAAGCUCAGCAGCAAUGCCAGCAUGGGGAAAAGGAGCUGGAGUUCAUCAGGAAGUGCUAAAAAUGGUCAAAAGAGAAAAGGGUCAAACAAAGAAAAAGACAAACCUGAGUCUAAGAAAUCAAUUAAAGACAAAAUGAUACCCAGGAAGGACUCAUCCUUAUUGGUUAACACCAAACAUUUAAAAGGCAGCCCACUUAAACGACAAAACAUAACUGAAGCAGCUGCUAGAGACAAUGGCCAGAAUGUAAAUAUUCCCACUGGAAGGCCUCGAGUGAAAAAGAAAAUGCCAGACAUUUUAGAACCUAAAAAAUCACGUUUGCCUGGUAAAAAGAAAGUCAGCAACCCUAAAAUCAUAACUGAAAACAAAAUAUCAUCAUCUAAAAAAUCUUUAGAGCUAGGUGAGAGUGUUUUGGUGCCUUCGCUUAAUCCUACACCCUCUGAAAUCCGCACAUAUGUUGAAAACUGGUUGGAGAAUGUCCCUAAAGUGGUUACUGAGAAUGAUGUAGAGGGAAAUAUUUUUGAGGAGAGAGAUGAAGGAGAAGAAGUAGAAAAUAUAGUUCAAGAGCAGGAGGAGGAAGAGAAGGUGCAGGAAGAAGAAGAAGCAGAGGCAGUCACUGAGAAUGAUGUAGAGGAAGAAGUACAGGAGGUUACUGAGGAUAUAGAAAAGGAGGUACAAAAUAUCACUGAUGCUAUGGGGGAGAAAGAAAAGGUGGAUGAGGUUACUGUGAGGAAUGAUGAAAAGGAAGCAGAGGUGGUUAUUGAGAAUAAUCUAGAAGAAGAAGUACAGGAGGUUAAUGAAGAGACAGAAGAAAUAAAGGGGGCACAAAACAUCCCUGAUGAGUUGAAGGAGAAAGAAGAAGUGGAUGUGGUUACUGAGGGUGAUGAUGAAGAAGAAGAAGAACCAGAUGAGGUUAAUGAGGAGACAGAUGAGGAAAAAGAAGUAGAAAACCUAGUUGAAGAGGCAGAUGAGGAGGAGGAAGGGGAGGAGGAGCAGAAGGAGGAGGAGGAGGAAAUGAAUGUGGUUAUUGAGGAAAGGGAUGAGGAAGAGGACAAAACAGGAGUGAUUAGUGAGGAAAACAAUAAGGAGGAGGGAGAAAAGCAAGAACAGGAAGAGGAACAUUAUGAGGAAGACAGAUAUGAGAUUGAUAAUACAGAGAAAAGGAUGAUCCCAGAUGAGGAGGAGGAAGCAGUAGACACUGACAAGAAUGUAGGAGAGGAACAAAAGUGUGAUGAGGUGGAACAGAGCAGGAAAGAGCUUGAGAAAAUAGAAAAGUGUUUGGAGGAGGAAUCAGUAGAAGAGAGAGAAGCUGCAGAGGAAAUUGAGAUUGAAGAAAAUAUGAAAGCAGGGCAAAUGGAAGAUGUAGAGUGGAGGGAAGAUGAUAAGGAAAAUGUGAUGAAUGAGGGAUUAGACCAGGUAGAAAAACAAGAAUCACAGAAUGAAGCAGAAGAAAAAAACACUGCAAAAGAUGUAGACAGUUAUACUGAUGCUAAGGACUGUACAAUCCAUAAUGCUAAAUCACCAACCAAAUCUUUAUCUAAUGGUCAGUGUGAAGAUGCUAAAGGUAAUGGAAUAGAAACUGUUGAUGAACCUGAAAAAGAUGGGCGAGGGGAGCACCAUGAAGAAACAAUUUGCAGUUUGCCACAUCCAGUGGAAAUAUCACAGGAGUUACUUGACUUUAUUAACUAUGCCCUACAGUCUUCUUCACUUAUAUUCACCUCCGAUGCUCAGGGGAACUUCAGGAUAGAACCAGAUUAUGCGGUUGUACAAACUAAGAAAAUUGCUAUUCCAAAGAGUAGAAAAGAUAGUCCAUAUGGUUUAAGUUGUCUCCCAAGCCCGAGCACCUCUGAUUUAUCUGACUACAGGCCAGAAACUUCAGACAGUGGUGGACACAAAACCCAGGAGUCUGUAGAUAUUGUCACAGAGAGUGGAGAAGAGGCUUCAGAGAGGCCUUUUCCUGUCUACAGAUAUAAGACUGACAUCCCCAGUGGGAAAACAAACAUGGAGCGAACUAAGUCCAAACUAAGUGCAAGCAAUUCUGAAGUCUUGCAAAGAUUAAAAAGUGCAGAGAACUUCUCUGCCCAUGAUUCACAGACCAAAACCUUAAAGGAGGAUUUGUCCUAUUUCAGUGCUGCAAGCUCAUUAAAUGCAGAUGCUGAAGCUGCACCAGAGGCCACACAGUGCAUUUCUUUCUCCUCAGAAAAGGAUUCAACUGAAGGGGUUUUGAUUGAGCAAGGAAGGUGGCUGCUCAAGGAGAACCACCUCAUAAGAAAAUCUCCUCCAGUCUGCCUGGGAAUGUAUGGUAAUUUGGAUAGCACCUCCAUCGAUACAGGCCAGGAAAACAGUAACGAGGAUUCUCCACAUCAUUAUAAAACCCCGCACAACCCCCUUGCAGUCAUAUCCUCAUCAGGGCUCGAGGAGAUGGCGAAGCCUCAAACUCCAAAAUGUACCUACUACUACAUGCCACAUGGAAGCGAUUCAGACCCAUUUUUGGACGAUUCCAGUGUCAAAAGCAGUAAAAAAGAUAGUAGUGUCAAAGGGAGGGGCUUCAGGGUGUCCCCUACUAUUGCUACUUCUGAAGCCUGGGCAAAUAAAAAUGGCAGCCUGUCUUCAUUUACAUCAGUUGAGUUUAAAAUACCAGACAGGAAAGUACAUCCUGAGGGAGAGCCCUCAGUUGUGACACAAGCAAGAAGGGCAUCUAGUGGAGGAGGUCGGGUACUGCAACCACAGGAGUCCCAGGACACACUCCAUGUGGGAUGUGGUCAAUACUGUCCCAUACUAUGACAGCCGGACAUUAUGGUUCAGAGAAUUAUUCAUACAUGUUGGUCUUGAGUGUGCUGUUUGUCUUGGCUGUGAUUACUUUGUUGUACUGCUGCUACAAAUGUUCUGUAAUUUAUCAAAUAAGAACAUUUUUGCAGCUCCACAGUUGUGUGGUAUGUGGUCACUGAAGAGAGUUGUGCCUCUUAUUUAUUUUAUAAAACAUAGCAAAAGUGUACAUU